AAAGACCAAGGGCUGGGGAAGGGGCGUUGCCAAAAAUAAUACACUGUUGUUAAAAAAUGUGGAGUCACUGAAAAUUAUUUUAAUAUAGAAAGAAAAGCACCGUCUAUAGGUACAAGUACGACCAUUCCAAAAUUUGAGUUAGAAAUGUCAAUUUUAAGCUAUUUUCUGUGAAUAUAACAUUAAUAAUAAACAGAAAUGUAAUGCAUUCUAGACGAAUAAAAUCUGUGACGGAAUGGCUAUGAUUGCGCCUCUUUCCUUCAGGGGGCGACAUAUCGCAUGUGGUCCUCGUCAGUGUCAUGUUUUAGACGAGAAAAAGACAAGGCGCUCCAAAACAAUAAGUGAUUAAGGUUGACACUGCCAAGUUACGUUUCUUGUCUCACUUAUCCAAACUAAUACGUACGUGUACUGUAUGUUGACAUAAUGGAGAGCAAGAAAGCGACUUUGACUGUCCCUGCAUACGGACAUGUCAUCGCGAGCGAGAAGUGGAGAAACUCGUCGCUUAUUCAAAGCUUGAAAGGAGGAGGAGUGAAAAUCCUGUUCGAGAGCGAUCUUGGCGUGGCCGACUUCCUCCUCCCAAACAAGAACUGCAUUCUCUACCUUUCCGAAUGUGAUGUCAUCGCCGGUGCUGCCUACAAGAGGAAGCUGGUUCGGUACAGGAAUGCCUGCAGCAGCUUCCAGGAGCUGGUCGUAGUGGAGAAAACACGCCUGGUCGAGCAGUACUUCUGGGCCGUCCAGAAGUUUGUCGUGUUGGAGCUCGGCUUGACGCUGCUACCGGUCGGCGGGCAGACCGAGGCAUCACAACUUCUCCUUCAAAUGGUUCACACCGCCGGCAAGGAGAACCCAUUCAGAAGAAAAAGCUCAUCUGGACUCUUGGACCCGCUGGUCUUGGCGACAGUGCAGCAAGUUCCUGGGGUUGGCCAGGUCAAAGCUCUGGCCCUGCUGGAGCUCUUCUCCAGCAUUCAUCAGCUGUGCAACGCCACCGUCGCAGAGUUGGAGGUCGUUGUGGGCCAGACUGCUGCACAAAACAUCCACACGUUCUUCCACAAGUCCACUGCGGCAGGAAGAUGACAUGCGGCCACUCUGGAGAUGAUUCGGAACUUGUAAUUGGACAGAACUGGGAUGUUUUGGUCGCAAAACCUCUGAACAUGUGCCGUAUGGAUUUUAUGAAUGGAGCGGUUAAAUGGUUGGCACAUGUGCCUCACAGUUUGGGGUUUGAA